CGCAUGGUGCACUUGGAAAAGUCGCAAGACAGAGGCGCACAUGCAAAUAAAACGGAGCACGGUAGAGUUCAAAUCAAGACAAACGGGGAUCUCGUCGAGCUACGUUUGAAGCGAAAAGGACACGUGAAAGACAAGUACUGGAGCUGUGGCUGGGUACAGUGACAACAUGCUUUCUGAUGUCCUAUGUGUGGAUGAUUCGGGAGAGGGCAGAGGUCAUUCAGAGUCAUACCUGUGAGGCCGUCUGCAGGGGAAUGUUCUGACGUCCAAGAUCUGCAUUUUAAACAGAGGCGGGUGAGAAGGAGGAUGCAGUGACGAUUCAGAAGAAGCCGGGUAUACAUUGAUCAUAUCAGGCUGUCAGUGUGGAGUAGUGCUGGAGGCUGCGGGGCUGCUGUGUGCUGUGGGAAGUUCCUGAGAGUGCAGAGUGGCAGUCACUCACAGAGAAACACUUGUACAGAAAGUGGACUGGCGCUCUUUCACAGAAAGGAUAUAAAACGCACUCUCACACAUCCGCCUCUUUGCACGGGUGUGUUCGCUGUGGCUGCGCCUCAGGGAUUUGAAGGAGGCGGGCGUCUGGGGUUGGUACAGGAGUGAUGGUGGUGGUGCUGCCUCAGGGGUGGGCCUGGCAGGCUGUUCUCCUGGUGACUGGACUGGCAUCAGUGAGCCGUGGGUCUGAUGCCAACAUGUUGGACUCGAUGCUGCUGAAGAACGGGCAGAAGGGUGGAUCGGAGCGAAGGGUGGAGGAGAGCAGCAGCACAGCCACAGUUUCGGCUCAGAACAUGCUUUGGUGUCACUGCUCCCACCACUGCCCCGAAGACUCUGCCAACAAUACUUGCAUGACGGAUGGUUAUUGCUUCACCAUGGUGGAGGAGGAGGAGGGGGGUCUGGCGGUGGUCACUGCAGGUUGUUUGGGUCUUGCCGGCUUUGAGUUCCAGUGCAGAGAGACGUGGAAUGCACGUUCGAGGAGAGCUCUCGAGUGUUGCACAGAUCAGGAUUAUUGCAACAGAGACUUGCAUCCUACUCUUCCUCCACUCGUGACAUCAGAUUACGUUGACAGCAGUAUCCAGUACAUGGCUCUGUUCAUUUCAAUCACAGUCUGCAGUAUCAUCCUUGGUCUCAUCCUCGUCUUCUGCUACUUCCGAUAUAAGCGGCAGGAGUCACGACCGCGCUACAGUAUCGAUCUGGAGCAGGAGGAGACAUACAUCCCCCCUGGGGAGUCCCUGAAGGACCUGAUAGAGCAUUCCCGCAGCAUCGGGUCUGGCUCUGGGUCAGGACUCCCUCUACUGGUACAGCGCACCAUCGCCAAGCAGAUUCAGAUGGUGAAGCAGAUUGGAAAAGGGCGAUACGGAGAGGUCUGGAUGGGCAAGUGGAGAGGAGAGAGAGUGGCUGUUAAAGUCUUCUUUACCACAGAAGAAGACAGCUGGUUCAGAGAGACUGAAAUAUAUCAGACCUUCCUGAUGAGACAUGACAAUAUACUAGGAUUCAUAGCGGCAGAUAUUAAAGGAACCGGCUCCUGGACUCAGCUCUACCUAAUUACAGACUACCAUGAGAAUGGAUCUUUAUACGACUACCUCAAGUCCAACACCUUAGACGUCAAGGCUCUGCUGAAACUGGCCUACUCGUCCAUAUCAGGCCUCUGUCACCUGCACACCGAGAUCUAUGGCACACAGGGCAAACCGGCCAUCGCACACAGAGACCUGAAGAGUAAAAACAUCUUGGUAAAAAAGAACGGGUUCUGCUGUAUAGCAGACCUUGGACUGGCUGUCAAGUUCAACAGUGGCACCAAUGAGGUGGAUAUUCCUCCCAACCUGAGAGUUGGUACGAAGCGCUACAUGCCGCCUGAAGUUUUGGAAGAAACCCUGAACAGGACCUACUUCCAGUCUUUUAUAAUGGCUGACAUGUAUAGUUUCGGCCUCAUCGUUUGGGAGAUGGCCCGACGUUGCAUCUCUGGAGGCAUCGUGGAGGAGUAUCAGCUGCCCUAUCAUGACCUUGUGCCCACUGAUCCGUCCUAUGAGGACAUGAUAGAAGUCGUCUGCAUUAAGAAACAAAGACCUUCAUUUGCUAAUCGCUGGACCAGCGACGAGUGUCUACGGCAGAUGGGAAAACUGAUGUCCGAGUGCUGGGCUCACAACCCGGCCUCUCGCCUCACAGCCCUGAGGGUGAAGAAGACCCUGGCGAAGAUGUUAGAGACCCAAGACGUCAAACUGUGACAGAGAGUCAAGAGAGAUGCUCUCAUCGCUAGAGACUUGUCACUGCCACUGGCUCAGCGCCACUUACACUGGCCAAUCGAAGGAAAGAGAGAAGAAAAAAAAAAAAGAGGCCGUGAACGAUGGGACAAAGGAAACUGACGGCGAGGAUGAGCGAUGAACGGUCGACAGGGAGCCAGAACAAUGAGAGGCAAAAGAUUUAUUAUGUAAGGGAGAUAUGCCCUCCCAUUGUCUGAGCCACCUCUGCCUCACACCAAGUGUUCAGGUUGUGCUUUCUGUGAAAGCUGAGUGGUUGUUGGGUCCACACUGUCCAGGUGGGCAGCAGAGGAGCACUAACAUCCCUCUGAUUCAUUCUAAACAGAGGAAGCUCUUGCCCUGCCCUUCUAAAGCCAUAUAGCAGUAUUCUAUGUGCAGUCUUUUGUACUGUUCCAGCUGCCUUUGUGUUUCUUUUUUUUUUAUUCAGUCACUGUCAACUCCAUCCAUAGUGACGGUCAUCUAUCCAAAGAAAAACAUUCAUGCUCACUGACUUCAUUGUCGAUGAUAGUAUUAUUUUUAUUGUUUUGGAACAAAGCCGAGUAAGACUAAAUUAAUGAUAAAACAUGUGUCCAGCAGAAAAAAGAUUUUUCUAUAUAAUAUUCCUAUGUACAUUUAAAAAAAUGUAUUUCAAUAUUAAAAUAAGACCUCUGAGUAAAACACUUUGUCAUCGAUGAAUUUGUGAAUUUUCUCGUUGUCUCUUCUUUCCACUCACAAUUCAUUUGUACAUAAUAGAGCUGAAAUCUAUUGAUAAUUAUUGCCUUGCUGGAUGAUUAAAAUGUGUUUUUGAUGAUUUAUCUGUGUACAGAAUAUGUCCCGUCCACUCUACCACUAUGGCAUGUGCCUUAUUUAAUCUGUACAUAUGUGAUUAAUGAGAGUGAAUGAGUGGAUCUGGAUUACAUUCCCCAAUAAAAACGACUAAUGCGU